AUGCAGGAAGGCGAUGAGAUUUUUGAGGCCGCAAUGGUUGCCGUAAAGCGGCACUUCGAUGCAGAGGAGUUCGAGCCUGCACUGAAGUUGAUCACAAAGGCUUAUGAGAUGAAGCCCAACGAUCCACUGGUGGUUAGGAGCUACAUAUACACUCUCGUCAACGUCUCUCAGUGGGAGAACGUGCUGAAGGCCUGCGAGAAGCAUGCAGCUCUGGAGGACUUCACCCUUGAGCAUGCCUACGCACUGUAUCGCCUGAACCGGUUCCAGCAGGCUCUGGAGGUCUUGGACUCCAGGAAAGCCGCAGACAAGGACACUGCUGCAAGCAGGCUGCGUUUGCAAGCGCAGAUACAGUACCGACUGUCAGACUACGGCGCCUGUGCAGACGUUUACGAGAAGCUUCACCAGGAGGACGCUGAGGACCAGGGCCUGAUUGUGAAUGCGGUGGCCUCCUAUGUGUCGGGGGAUAAGCCGCGACAGGCCAUGAACUUGAUUGCCAGGAAUAAGGAAGCGCUGGAGUCGUCUUACGAGCUGUGCUUCAAUGCGGCCUGCGCGCUCAUCGACGAGGGUCGGCUGAAGGAGGCUGAGGACAAAUUGACUCAGGCCAAAGAGCUCUGCACCGAAGAGCUUAUGCAGGCUGAGGAGAUCGGAGAAGAAGAUGCGGGGCUGCUAGAGGAUCAUGAGGAGCUUGCAGCAAUCCGAGUGCAGCAGGCGUGCGUGAUGCAGCGUCGAGGCCAGGAAGAGGAGGCCAAAGAAGUGUAUGACAAAGUUCUGCGACAAAAACCAAAUCAAGGCCACGAGGUAGAUGUGACGGUGCUUGCCGUUGCAUGCAACAAUGUAGUUGCCCUUCGUUCUGAGGGCAAGUCCCUUUUCGACAGCCUGAAGCGCAUCAAUGUGGCUUCGAAGGAAGGCUUGGAGCACAAGCAGACUCGCAGACAAACCGUCGAGAUUGCAUGCAACAAGGUGUUGUUGCUGCUCCAGGCGCAGAAGAUAGAUGUUGCCAAGAAGGAGCUUGAUAAGCUGUGUGAAAGCUACCCUGACCACCCCCGGGUAGCUCUGGUACAAGCUGCGAUUGCUCACAGAGAGAAGAAGGGCAAAGUGUGCGAGGAGAUCCUGCAAGGCUACAUUGCGUCACAUGCAGAUGACCAGGAGGUCGUGUUGCCUUUGGCGCAGCUUUACACCCACCAGCAGAAGCACGACUUGGCUGUCGAGGUUCUUGCGAAGUUGCCUCUCAGCAGUCGCACGCAACCAGCAACAGUAGAAGCCAUUGUGAACCUCCACCAGAGGCAAAAGAGUCCUGACAAGGCCGUCGCCUGCCUGAGGGAGGCCAUCAAGUAUUGGUCUUCACAGGAAGAGGAGUCAGAAACUUUGGCUCAGGUCGUUCGAAUAGCUGCAAGGCUGGCCAUGCAGCUGAAGGACAGAGCGUUCGCAGCCGAGGUGUACCAGAGCUAUCUUGAGAACAUCGACGGGUCUGACUACGAAGCGCUUUGCGGUCUCGUGCAGGCUCUCGCUGUGACGGAUCCGGAACGCGCCACCGAGUAUGCCGAACGGUUGCAGGUGCCGGCUUUUGAUCACCUGGAUCCUGAGGAGCUGGAAGCACAACCCAUACCCAAGGUUGGUGCGAUGUUCUCGCAACGUCGCCGCGACAGGGAGGAUGAGGCGGACGGCAAGCCCGUCAGAGUCAAGAAGAAGCGGAAGCGGAAGAUCCGGUAUCCCAAAGGCUUCGACCCGGAAAACCCUGGACCUCCCCCAGAUCCGGAAAGGUGGCUUCCAAAGCGGGAGCGAUCAGAAUUCAAGAAGAAGAUGCGAAAGAGGGAUAAGCAUUUGCUUCGGGGCCCUCAGGGGGCGAUCACCACGGAGGACUUUCGCAAACAGGGACCAUCGACAGCCCAAGUGGAGGUCUCGAAAGACGCAAGUGGACCCUCAAGAAGAAGUGGAAGAAAAGCUAAAGGCAAGUGA